UUAGGUCUUCAAUUGCCGUUACUCAUAACUCUGCUUGUAGGAUUCUUCGAUAAUUUUUAUUGCGUUGAGGUUCUAAGCGCGGACAAUGACAUUUGCCGACUUUUUAAAGAUGGAGUAAAAUUACGUAAGCCGGGUUAUUGCAACAUUGGCAUAAUAUGCCAGAACUUUAAAAGUGUGGAUAAUGUAGCAUGCGAGGAUUCUACUUAUCCGUAUUACGAUCGGAAUACAAUGGGAUGUGCAAAAAGUACUUCUGACGACUACUGCUCCGCGCCGUGUGUUACUAAAUCAAAUGGAUACAUUCAGGACCCCAAAAAUUGCAAAGGCUGGUACAAUUGCAAUGGUAAAACUGCUAUUAGCUCUGGGUAUUGUUCCGACGAUUUACUUUUUAAUUCCACCACCAUAAUGUGCGACUAUCCUGAAAACUCUUCCUGUAGUGCCACAUUUACUCUCUGCGAUGUGGUACCUGAUUCAACGCCAUUUCUGAGUGAGGAUAAUUGCGACGAAUAUUACGAAUGUGUCAACAGCAAAUCAAAAUCCGUUAUGCAAGCCAAAGCGUGUGAUUCUGGCAAAUACUUUGACGUUAAUACAGGAACUUGUGUGGCCAAAAGCCAUGUUAAUUGUUCUAAACAUCCUUAUCCCAAUGAAGUGUGCGGCAAUACGAAGCUAGCGAUAAGAAAUCGCUUUGUCAGUGAUGAUGCAACAUGCCGCGGAUAUUUUUAUUGCAAAGAUCUGGGCGUUGGCACACCUGAUCCAUCACCUAGUUGGGGUCAAUGCCCCACAACAACGUUCUUCGAUUCAACGCAGGAGGGUUGUGUGUCGCGCACCAGCGUGCGGUGUGGUGAAGAUCGUUGCGACGGUCGAGAUGACGGUUAUGAAUUGAGCUCGACACCAGGCUGUCAGUAUUAUCUAAGUUGUGAGAGCAGUCGUACCGUGGAGGAGAAGUAUUGUGGGGACAAUAUGUGGUUUGAUGCUGCAACGGAGAAGUGCACCUCAACUAAGAAAUCGUACACAGCUUGCGCCUAAUCGGGUUGUCGCAUUUGACUGGCGCGACAUGUAAAACCUACCGUGGUGCCACAAUUAAAGUAU